AUGGCGACGACCCUCAUUCGCCGCUCGUCAGCCGGUGGUAUGGUCUUCGAAUCGGCAUCGUGGACACGCGCCCAUCUGGUGCACCGUAGGAGACCGCGGGCUUACGGUAAUGUCGUAAGCCAUUGGCAAAUUCGAGUCGUUCUUCCACUGCCAAGAAAAUCUCGUGACCCACAGUGGAGUUCGGCUGCGCCGGAACAUCAAGCAGCCCUAUUUACGGACGGACACUGCUGCUCUUCGGAGGGGACCUGGGAAAGCUGGCCUAAAUAUUGCUGGGGAACCACGUCGUCUGCAGGCUGACCAUUGUCGCAGACGCAAAACGCACGGUCGAAACAACCAAAUUCGAAAUAACAACAACAGCACUACUCGCUCUCCUCAUUCUACCUCUUCCUCCUUUUCCAGUCUAUUCUUCUGCCUAUUCUUCUCGUUCGCCAUCUUCUUCUCCACCUCCUUCACGCCGACCCACUCGUGGCCAGACUGGCAGGGUGAGUCCACUCACUCUGUCAGCCUGGAAUGUUCGUUCCCUUUCAGACAAUCCGAAGUCCAACCGACCGGAAAGGAGGACGGCGCUAGUGGCCCGGGAACUGACGCGCUACAAGGUGGACAACGCCGCACUCAGCAAGACUCGAUUCUCCGAACAAGAUCAAUUGGAGGAGGUGGGUGUCGGUUGCACCUUCUUCUUCAAUGGUCGCCCCAGGGCAGAGCGACGAGACGCGGUCGUCGCCUUCGCCAUUCGGAACGACAUCGUAGGACGACUGCUCUGUUUGCCGCAGGGCAUCAACGAUCGCCUGAUGAGCCUCCGCCUGCCUCACUUGGGAGGCAAAUUCGCCACUAUCAUCAGCGCCUACGCUCCGACGAUGACGAACCCCGACGCCGUCAGAGACAAAUUCUACGAGGACCUACACGCCCUCUUGGCGACUGGGUCGAAGGCGGACAAGUUCGUUGUCCUUGGUGACUUCAACGCCCGCGUCGGCACAGACCAUGCUGCCUGGAGAGGAGUGCUGGGUCCCCAUGGUCUCCGCGGCUCAAACGACAAUGUCCUGCUGCUCCUCCGCACCUGCGCAGAACACCGCCUCAUCCUGACUACCACAUUCUUCUGUGUGUCGGAGCGAGAGCAGGCCACCUGGAGGCAUCCUCGGUCGCGUCAGUGGCACCUGCUGGACUAUGUCCUCGUCCGGAGGCGAGACCAGUUGGACGUGCUGGUGACAAAGGCGAUCGCGGGUUCUGAUGUAUGGACCAACGAUCGCGUCGUCAUCUCAAAUAUGCGUAUUAGCCUACAGCCUCGUAGGAGGCCACAACGAAAGCGACCCCCAGGUAAGCUGAAUAUUGCCUUGUUGUAUUUGCCCGCUCACCAUCUACAUUUCAGCAAUGAGCUAGCUCAACGGCUAGACACCCCUCCAAUCGCUGCCGCCGCCGAUGCUGUCGCUGCCGAGAACGCUUCCGUAGAGAACUGCUGGUGUCAACUGAGAGACACGGUCCAGUCCAUGGCACUAACAGUCCUCGGUCGCGCACGCCGCCAACACCAGGACUGGUUCGACGACAACGACGUCGCCAUUAUCAAUCUGCUCUCCGAGAAUGACCGCCAACACAAAGCCUACGUAGACCACCCCACUGACGACAACAAAACUGCUUUUUACAGCAGUCGCCGCCACCUUCAGCAACGACUGCGCGAGAUGCAGAACGCCUAG